CGCAUCACGGCGGGCGUGGGCGCGAACCUGAUUGGCGUCCACUCUGCUGACCGCAACCAGGAGGCCACUUGCUACGUGGGGAACAUCGAUCCCCAGGCCAACGAGGAGCUCAUUUGGGAGCUGUUUGUGCAGGCCGGCCCCGUGGUGAAUGUGUACCUGCCCAAGGACCGCGUCACAAACGAGCACCAGAGCUACGGCUUUGUGGAGUUUCGGUCCGAGGAGGAUGCAGACUAUGCCAUCAAGAUCCUCAACAUGGUCAAGGUGUACGGCAAGCCGCUGCGCGUCAACAAGGCAGCCCAGGACCGCAACACCGCCGAUGUCGGGGCCAACCUGUUCAUCGGGGGGCUCGACCCAGAGGUGGACGAGAAGCUGCUGUACGACACCUUCUCCGCCUUUGGCGUCAUCGUCAACAACCCCAAGAUCAUGCGGGACCCAGACACAGGCCUCACCAAGGGCUUUGGCUUCCUCUCCUUUGACUCGUUCGAGGCGUCGGACGCCGCUCUGGAGGCGAUGAAUGGGCAGUACCUGAUGAACCGCCCCCUCUCCAUCUCGUACGCGUUUAAGAAAGAUACCAAGGGGGAGCGGCACGGCACGCCCGCAGAGCGGCUGCUGGCGGCGCAGCACGGCGGCCAGCAGCAGGGCGGGCCGCCGCCGUGGGCGCGCGGGCCGCCGCCGCCGCCCGGCAUGGGCGGCCCCCGCCCCAUGCACGGCAUGGGCAUGCCGCCGCCGCCCCCGCCGGGCAUGUACGGCCGGGGCCCGCCGCCGCCGCCGGGCAUGUUCAUGCGCCCGCCGCCGCCGCCUGGCAUGUAUGGCCACCCGGGCAUGGUCGGCCCGCCGGGCAUGGGCGGCCCGCCGGGCAUGGGUGGCCCGCCGCCGCCGCCACCCAUGCAGCCGCAGGCGAUGCAGCAGCAGCCGGCUGACGGCGCGCCGCCGCCGCCGCCGCCGCCCUCCGCGACGGCGCAGCAGCAGCCUGAUGCGGCGCCGCCG